AAGAUGAAAAAAACCACGGGAGGGCAGCUGGUGGCGGAGAGUUACACAGGGCUUGCGGGCCUGAAAAUGAAUUGUAGCUGCUGUGUGCAAAGGGAGUGUGGACGCUAGGUGUGUGGACGGAAGGGAGCCAGCAAGAAGGUUACAACAGGUCAGGAAUAAAUAACCAGCAGGCGGAGGGUCCCGGAUUCCGUCCUGCCUUUUGUUGGGUGAAGAGCGCCAGGCAAACGCGUUCACCUUGGCGUUGGAAGGAAGCGAUCGGACCGUCCACCGCCGGCCGCAGCCCCGGUGGUACAGACAUGGAUGGGAAGAAAUGCAGCGUGUGGAUGUUUCUACCUCUUGUAUUCACUUUGUUCACUUCAGCUGGCUUAUGGAUAGUGUACUUUAUAGCUGUGGAAGAUGACAAAAUUUUGCCAUUAAAUUCAGCUGCAAGGAAAUCUGGUGCGAAGCAUGCCCCAUACAUCAGUUUUGCAGGCGACGAUCCUCCCGCGAGCUGUGUGUUCAGUCAAGUCAUGAACAUGGCUGCCUUCCUAGCCCUUGUGGUAGCCGUUCUGCGCUUCAUCCAGCUGAAACCAAAGGUUUUAAACCCAUGGCUGAAUAUUAGCGGAUUGGUGGCGCUGUGUCUGGCUUCCUUUGGAAUGACCUUACUUGGUAAUUUCCAGCUCACAAAUGAUGAAGAAAUCCACAACGUGGGGACAUCUUUGACCUUUGGGUUUGGCACACUGACCUGCUGGAUACAGGCUGCUUUGACACUCAAAGUCAAUAUCAAGAAUGAAGGACGGAGAGUGGGAAUUCCACGAGUCAUCCUGUCAGCUGUUAUCACUCUCUGUGUAGUCCUGUACUUCAUCCUCAUGGCCCAAGAUAUCCACAUGUACGCAGCCAGGGUCCAGUGGGGCCUGGUCAUGUGCUUCCUGUCUUACUUCGGCACCCUGGCUGUGGAGUUCCGGCACUACCGCUAUGAGAUUGUGUGCUCCGAGUACCAGGAGAACUUCCUGAGCUUCUCAGAGAGCCUGUCAGAAGCUUCUGAAUAUCAAACCGACCAGGUGUAACCCAUCAGUUUGUCCUUGGGGGUGCGGUGGGUGUGGCAACAGGGGAGGGGCCAGGAGGAUACGCUCACGGGACUGGACACAUCGCCUCAUGACACGUUUCACACACAUGGACACAUAUUCGUGGCCCCAUCUGUCAAGAGAGCUUUUCGGGGCAGGUUAUUCCUUUCAUGAACCAGCACAAGCCCUCAUGUGGGGAAAUACACGCUGUCACACUGGACAUAUAUGCACGACAGAGCCAGGAGCUUGUACAUGAUCCCCUCCCGAUCCCGCCCUCCCGGUAUGCCUUCUUCUCAUCGUUUUCAGGUUUCGAACCUGGCAUCUUCCUCCAGCAGAGUACGGCGGGCAGAAUGUAACGUAAGAGUGAUACCAACUCCCUAAGUCGCCCUCGGGUCGGAAGGGCCUGGAGUGAGCUUGUGGGGAGCUGUGGCUCUGGGACCAAUAUUCUUGAGUGGAUUCCGGAGUAGCAUCUGUCGGGAUGCCCACUACCGAAGCCGCGACUGUGGCCCAGGAGAGGCGUGGGUAGAGCGUUCCGCGAAGCUGCCUUCGCCACUGUUCAGCGGUUGGUUUUGUGGAUCCAGUGAAAGGAACACGCAGCAGAGAGAGAGUGGGAGAGAGGCCCACCAUCGGUGUUUGGACUUGACUCACUCUGCCUGAGGAAGAUCUCCAGAUGUGAAUGCACAGGGAUUGUCUGCCGCGUAUGGUACGAGGCACAGCUGAGAGGGCACGGUAUAGUUUUUGCUUCCACGCCGGGUCAUGCACAAUUCUGGUUUUAUGGCUCAUGGCUUGCCAUUUUCUUUUUUUUUAAUGCAACUCUCAUGGCUGUCCGUAGGCCUCACGGACAAAUAAGUGAACCAAGGAAGAACCUUGUCUUGGAUUCAGUUAUGACAGGGGGUCAUACCUACAGACUUACCUUUGAAGGGGAAAAAAAAAGGAUUCUGGAAGAAGCACAAAGAAACCUGCAUGGGGGUGGGGGUGAUGAGGUAUGAGGCCACCUGUGGGCUUUGAGGAAUGAUGGAUGGGAGGUUAGAACUUUUGCUGUAAAUCAAGCCAGGGGAGGCUUUCAUAUACAUGUGUUCCCCAAAUCUUAUAGUCCGGGGACUGAGGAGUUUUCAAACUUGGAAUUUAUAGAAACUAAUUAAAAUAUUGUCCUCCCCAAAACCACAUUGGCACAAAUAGAGGCAAUGAAUCUCUCAUCUCUACAAGUUCAGACGUGAGAUGGUAAAUGAACAAGUUCAAGGCCAUUCUAGAUCCCUUGUGUCAACCGAAUGUGCCAAGUGCACCAUCACCACCACCCCGACCAAGUGCACUGUUUCAAGAAGUCCCCAAAUUCAGAGUGGCCUGGGGUAUCCCAGGACAAAAUGUGAAGAAUGCUAUUUUGUAAAUUCAACCCAAAGUGUAGCUUCCCAAGGAGGGGGUCCAAAUGUUGUUUCAUCUAAAUCUCCACCCCCAGCACAGUGCCUGGCACACAGGAAGUGCUCAGUAAAUGUCCACUGAAUAGGUUGUUUACAAGUGGAGGUAAGGAGUAUCAAAGAGAUUCGAAAAUGAGUGACAGAGAAUGGAAGCUGUCUCAAGUGGGUUAGGAGAGGAAGAGAUCCGGGUGGCGCUCCUCAACGGUGAUCGUGAGGGGCCUCAGCAGAGUGUUCUCUUAUUAAAAAGGCACCUACUGUAAAUAGUACAGGGUGACCUCUCGGUUUUAAAACUGCUUUGGGCUUCUUUCUUUUUUAUAUUUUAAAGAUUUUAUCAAAGACAGUUUUAUUUUACUCUUCACCCUCCAACCUGUCUGCCGUAACAGCCCGUCUUAGCAGAAUCAAGCUAAGACCGCCAUUACUCAUUGGGAUCUGGCCACUAAAUAAAUUGUUUUAUGCAAAA